CAGCCUGGCAUGCCAUGUGCUCGAAUGCGUUAAAAUUACCAGCCGAAAUUUAGUUAAAUACGUUAUUUAAUCACAUUAAAUUAAAUAAAAUGGGCACGAAAAAGGUAAAAAUCAGCUCGGUGAAGCGCGCCGCGCAUUUGAAGUCGAAGAAAACGCCGCUGAGCAAACAGCAACAACAAAAGAACAAACAGAAACGUGAGCAACUGAGCUCCAAGCGGGAACAGGGCCAAAACAUCUUCUCACAAAAGGCUCACAAGCGUGACAAUCUAGCGCAGCGCAAGAAACACAACAAACGCGAGUCUCUCGGGCUGCACAGAGGCCUGGAUGCGGAUGAGGAUGGAGACGAUGAUCUUGGCGGCGAUCUGCUGCUGGAUAAUGUGGCAGAUAUGCUGGACGGCGAUGAUUUGGCGCUGCUGCAGGAAAACAAACGCAAGCGCAAAGCAAAAGCUGUUCCUUUGGAUGAUCAGCAGCAGCAAUCGGUGGGUCUUGAAAUGGCCUACGCGACGGCCAGCAAAAAGGAACAGGCGGCGCAAAAGAUUAAGGUCAAUCUGCUGCCGAUUAAGUCACGCGAUGGUGAGAUUAUAACGCGUACAACAGAAGUCGACUAUGUGCCCAAGCCAAAGCACAAGGCGAAAGAGGAGGUGGAGGAAGCGGAAGAUGAGGAUGAUGAGGCGGAGUCAGCAAGCGAUGCUGAUGUCUUUGAGGACAGCGACGAUGAUGUGGUCAAUGAUGACGGCCCUGUGCCCAAGCAGAAGUUCAUAACCACCACAGAUUUGCUAAUUGCAAGACAGCAGGAAAUCGAACGUCAAAAAUAUCGCAUUGGCAUCAUUUGUUCCGGUAUUCUGGAGAAACCUGAGGAUAAAAUGCGCAACUUUAAUGCGCUCUACGAGCUAAUGGACGAAAUUAAUUCAGCGACAGGUGUGCCCAACAUGUUCGCUGUACGCAAACUAGCCAUUAUUUCAGUCACGGAAAUCUUUAAGGAUAUUCUGCCCGAAUAUCGUGUGGGUCAGGUGGAUACAAAGAUGCAAACGGUGCGCAAAGCUACCCUGGAUCGUGUGACAUUUGAAAAGGCGCUCCUGCAGCAGUUUAAGAAGUUUCUGCAGAAACUGGAAUAUCUGACGGGACAGGUGAAUAAACGUGGUGGCCAAAAGACACCACAAACCAUAAAAAUGGCCAGCGUGGCAGUGCAGUGCAUGUGCGAUCUGCUGAUGGCCCAUCCGUACUUCAAUUACGUUCAGAACAUUGCUCAGCUUUUGGUUUACAUGCUCAACUGCAACUAUGGCAAGAUGCGCGUCAUCGUCAAUCAAUGUUUCCGUUCGGUCUUUAGCAACGAUAAGAAGCUGGACAUGACGCUAUUUAUAGUGCGACGAAUCAAUCAUCUGAUUAAGACGAACAAGAACAAUGUGAAUGUCGAGUGCAUUACUUGCAUGAUGGGUCUGAAGAUCAAGCAUGUCAAUCUAGAUGCCGAAAAGGAGAACGAAUUGAAGCAAAAAAAAUUGGAAUCGCAUCGCCAGCGUCUGCUCAGUUUGUCGAAGAAGGAGCGCAAGCGUCGCAAGAAACUUACCGAGGUGAACAGGGAGCUGGAGGAGACACGGGCUGAGGAGAACAAACAGACCAAACACCACAAACUGACAGAAAUUAUCAAAAUGGUUUUCACUAUCUAUUUCCGUGUGCUGAAGAAUGAUCCCACAUCGCGUGUGCUUAGUUCGAUCCUUGAGGGUCUGGCGGAAUUCGCUCAUGUUAUUAAUCUGGAGUUCUUUGCGGAUCUUAUUGAUGUUUUGAAUCGUAUACUCGAGGAGCAGGAUUUGGGGUAUCGCGAGCAGCUUCACUGCAUCCAGACAAUAUUCGUUAUCCUCUCCGGUCAGGGCGAAGUCUUGAACAUAGAUCCCAUACGCUUCUAUCAGCACUUCUAUCGCAACAUGCUGGUCGUGCAGGCGGGCAAGAAUCACGAUGAUUUUACUAUUAUACUGCGCACACUUGAUGAAGUGUUAGUGAAACGGCGGCGCAACAUGAGCCAGCAGCGUCUGAUGGCAUUUGUGAAGCGUCUCCUGAUGGGCAGUCUGCAUCUGCUGCACAAUGGCACCCUGGCCACGCUGGGCACCAUCAAGCAGACAUUCCAGUUGACCUCAGUGCUGGAUGCGCUCCUCGACACGGAUACCACAAUUGGCUCUGGCCGCUAUGACCCCGAACUAGAUGAUCCCGAGUUCUGCAAUGCGGCGAGUACAUCGCUCUAUGAGCUCUCCUUGCUGGCGCGUCAUUAUCAUCCCACAGUGCGUCGCAUGGCAGCGCAUAUAGCUAGCGGAGUGCCUGCCUCGGGCGAAGGCGCACUGCCCACAGACAUUGGCAAACUCAAUGCGCAUGAACUCUUUGCACAGUAUGACAGCACUCAAAUGGCUUUCAAUCCCACGAUACCCGUGCCAAGGCAGAGUGAACCCAAGCUCAAGCGGGGCAGGCAUAUGUAUUUACGGUCAGAUUUCAAGCAGCACUAUGGAAAAUUGCUAAGGAGUGCUGCAACAAAACGAAGCUUGUGCAACAAGAUGCUGCAAUUAGAUUUUCUUAGUGAACUCAGCAAGCACUGAAAUAAGCUAUUUUAAAUUAUUUUUAUGAUAUCGUCAUGUAGCGGAAAAAAUAAUUUUGUUGGUUUUAAUCAUUAAAAUAUAUAGAAAUCCAUUCUAAUAUUUGUAUAUAUUAAAACAAAAAAAAUAACUGCCUUCUAAUUAUAGCAUAUUAAAUACGCUUCAUU